CUCGUCGGUGUUCAAUCCUCACUUCUUCCUCCCGGAUCAGCUCAUUCGCGUUCUUUUUUUUUUUUUUCGCAUCUUCCCCGGACGUCAGAGAGUGCACAACUAUCAACAAAGGGGAGGGGGGGGGCAACUUCACGUCGUCAAGUUCACUUCGAAUCCAUCCGAGGUUCGUUCGGCUCCGGCCGGGAUAACGGUGCGGGAUCUGCCGCGGAGGACGCACGCCGGCUCGCGACUGCGCGCGCCCGGGCACCGACGCUCCGAGGAAGCCCCGGGAGUGACGGGGGGGCUGGAUGGUUGUGCAUUUUUUUUUUUUAAAUAUAUAUAUUUUUUAAGCGCUGCUUUGGAACUAACUCAACGCGAGCUCCCGGAUUCUCCUCCCCCUCGCUUAGAGAGAGACAAUGUUGCGGGCCGGCCUGUGCUGCCUGCUGGCCCUGCUGGCCUCGGCGUCCGCGGGUCUGGCCCCGGCCUCGGAGCCGCUGUCCGUCCCCAGGAUCUUCCUGUCCUUCAAAGAGUUAAAGUCGACCGGCACCGCUCACCACUUUUCCUUCUUGCUCAACUCGAGCGACUAUCGAAUCCUUCGCAUGGACGAGGACCACGACCGCAUGUAUGUGGGCAGCAAAGAUUAUAUCCUGUCUCUGGAUCUGCACGACAUAAACAAGGAGCCGCUCAUUAUCCACUGGCCUGUUGCCCCUCAGAGGAAGUCUGAAUGUGUCCUGUCUGGAAAAGACACCAAUGGCGAAUGCGGGAACUUCAUCCGUCUGAUCGAGCCGUGGAACCGCACUCAUCUGUACGUGUGCGGAACGGGAGCGUACAACCCCAUCUGCACGUACGUGGACCGCGGACGCAGGUCGCAGGGAUCCUACUACCUCCAGGCCCCUAAAUCUGGAGGGAGAACCAAUCGGGCGGCAGACCAGAGCGCCGCGUCAGAGCUUUUGGAGGCCAAGGAAUACAUUUUCCGCCUCGAGCCGGGCAAAGUGGAUUCUGGGAAGGGAAAAUGUCCUUUUGACCCCAAACUGAACAGCGUCUCCGCUUUGAUCAAUGGAGAGCUGUACGCGGGAGUCUACAUCGAUUUCAUGGGAACGGACUCCGCUAUCUUCCGUACGCUGGGCAAGCAGACAGCCAUGAGGACGGAUCAGUACAACUCCAGAUGGUUGAACGACCCCACGUUCAUCCACGCGCACCUCAUCCCCGACAGCGCCGAGAAGAACGACGACAAGCUCUACUUCUUCUUCCGCGAGAAGGCCACCGAGAUGGGCCAGAGUCCCAUGAGUCAGUCCAGAAUCGGGCGGAUCUGCCUGAACGACGACGGCGGCCAUUGCUGUCUGGUGAACAAGUGGAGCACCUUUCUGAAGGCCCGUCUCAUCUGCUCGGUGGCCGGAGCCGACGGCGUCGAGACGCACUUCGACGAGCUCAGGGACGUUUACAUCCAGCCGACGCAAGACACCAAGAAUCCCGUCAUCUACGGAGUCUUUUCAGUUUCGGGAUCUGUCUUCAAAGGCUCGGCGGUGUGCGUCUACUCCAUGGCAGACAUCCGCAUGGUCUUCAACGGUCCCUUCGCCCACAAGGAAGGACCCAACUACCAGUGGGUGGCCUACACCGGGAAGAUCCCUUACCCCAGACCCGGCACUUGUCCCGGAGGCACGUUCACCCCCAACAUGAAGUCCACCAAGGAUUACCCGGACGAGGUGAUCAACUUCAUGAGGAACCACCCCACCAUGCACAACGCCGUCUACCCGGUACACAAGCGGCCCCUGGUGGUCCGCACCAACGUGGACUACGAGUUCACGACCAUCGCCGUGGACCAAGUGACGGCAGCCGACGGGAGCUACGAGGUCCUCUUCAUGGGCACAGAUCGCGGGACCGUGCAGAAGGUGAUCGUGUUGCCUCGAGAUGACCUUCAGACCGAGGAGCUAGUUUUAGAGGAAGUGGAGGUCUUCAAGGUUCCCACCCCGAUCACCUCCAUGAAGAUCUCGUCCAAGCGCCAACAACUGUACGUGGCGUCCGUGCUGGGCGUGACCCACCUGGCGCUCCACCGCUGCGACGUGUACGGCGAGGUGUGCGCCGACUGCUGUCUGGCCCGGGACCCGUACUGCGCCUGGGAUGGAAAAUCCUGCUCCAGAUACUCUGCGUCGCAGAAGAGACGCAGCCGUCGUCAGGACGUCAAGUACGGCAACCCCAUCCGCCAGUGCAGAGGCUACAACUCCAAUGCCAAUAAAAAUACUCUCGAGACGGUUCAGUACGGCGUGGAGGGCAGCACCACAUUCCUGGAGUGCCAGGCGAGGUCCCCCCACGUUUCUCUCAAGUGGCAUCUUCAGAAAGAGAACAGCGACAGGAGAAAAGAGAUCCGCUCGGAGGGCCGCAUCCUGAAGACGGACCAGGGCCUCCUGAUCCGCUCGCUGCAGCCGUCGGACGGCGGCGUCUACCAGUGCACGUCCACGGAGAAGAACUUCAAGCACACGCUGGUCAAGCUGCAACUGGUGGUCCUCUCCAGCCGCACCGUCAACAACGUCCUGGUGGAGACGGGCGCGCCGUCCCCGGCCCUGGCCCCGUUGCAGUCCAGCGCCUGGACGCCGAGCGCCGGCCAGUACAAAGACCUGCUGACCAUCCUGAGCCAACCGGAGAUGGGCCUGAUCAACCAGUACUGCCAGGACUACUGGCAGCUGGGGGACGGCGGCGGCGCCGGCGGCGGCGGCGGCGGCCUGGGGGACGGCAACGCCAAGAGCCUCAAGGAGCUGAAGAAGCCGCGCAACCGCCGCCAUCGCGACGACGAGACGAGCCCCGCCGAGACUUGAGGAGCCGGGAACACUCCGCAGCCGCGAGUACGCCGACACGUCCCGAAACGCCACACAAGCCCUCCCGUGUUGAGGGGUGACUCAAAAUGGAUGCAAUACAGCAGAAAAGACAAAAACUCUCGGGUGGAAAAACACACAAUAUUUAUUGUAGGUUGUAAAAAGUCAUUCUUUGUACCUAUCUAGGGGGAAAACAAACAAACCACAUUUUUUUUGUGUGAAUAGGACGCUGUUGUUAUUAUUCUCAUGUUCUGGUUAGUGUUGCUGACGACGUGUAUUAUGUGUUGAGGAUUUCUUUUUACGUUUGGUGUUUUGGGAGCAUCCACGCAAACGCACGAGGACUGAAAAGCGGGACUCGGACAAGGACGCUCUUUUUUUCAGGACCACGCAAACGCCCACGGACUUCAUGCUCCAGCGCCUGCCCUCGUUUUGCCGGAAUCAUCCGACCGCCGGCUGUUAAGAAGCGUACACGUAACUCUUUCUAAAAUCCGAGAGAACGGGAAAAAAAACAGCUAAUCUGCCCUUAUUCCUUGUACACACAGUAAUACUCUAUGUACAGAUAGUCCGUGGUGUACUCAGGAUGAUCCACACACAGACUGACCACACGGGUAAAAAUGAGUCAUGGGAAGUAUUGAACACUCGUGAUUGUCCACCAUCAUUUUCCAAGGCGGAAAAACAAAUUAAACAUUCAUUACUAAUUAAUUAAACAGCACACGGCACAGGAGGAUCGCACACCACAGGCUAAUCGCGUACGCUAAUGUUUUGGCGGCAUCUAACAAUCGAGGCUUUGCAGAGUUUUGCUUGGAAAAGAGGAGGAAAAAUUCUUCAGUGGACCUUCCCGACCUGUCAAUCACUCGUACGAUAAUAGCCAAUCAGAUCUUGGGAUUGUCUCAACCCCUGGCUUGACACGCCCCUGCCGCCGUGUUGUCCCACAAGCAAUGCUGGUUGUCAGUAGCGGGCGCUUGGAAAAGUUCAUGUUAGGAAGAAAAUGGUCCUCAGAUGCGCUUGGGGAACGUGCAAUUCCGAUGAAAGAUAUCCUGCUAGCUUGAUUCAUUUCCCAAAGCCUAAAACACAGUUGACCAAGUGUCUACGAUGGAUUAAGGCUCGAGGAAGAGCGCACGUACAACUAAAUGUGGACAAUAUCGACAAACACGAGGCUGCAUGUCCGAAGGUAAGCGAGGGAGAAGGAUCUUCUCUGAGUUUGAUUGAAUUAUUAUCAGUGCGGGAGAACAACUUUCACUUUGUUAGCGUAUCACUGACCUGCCGAACGAAGUGUGUCGUGUUUUAUGCCGAAGAGUCGGGUUAGUGAUGUGUAAAUGCGCCGCGUCAUGCAAGAGAAAUCUUUAUUUGCCUAUUUGUGUCGCAUCGGACUUUUAAGACUGAGCACUGGCUUCCAUUACCAGCCAAGUCAUAUGAAGACUCCAAUGAUAUUCCUCGUGAUCUUUCCAAGUAAAAAGUACUCACCCUGCUUUACAUGCAUAGUACGAUUCCACUAUUCUACUCUGUUGGAUUUCAAUAUGAAGUUUGUGAGGUGUCAAACUUUUUUGCAUCCAUUGCCACCGUUUCGCUGUAACUCUGUAAAUCUUAAUUCCGUGUACAUAUCCUUGCGUGAAAUAGUUGAGACCUCUGUGUAGAACUCUCUCGGGCAAGAAACAUACCGCAAUAUUAUCUGGAAUACGCGAUAGAGAAUCCACUUCAAACCGGUUCUGUUCAGUCGCCAUUUUGGAAGCUUGUGGGACAUGGCGAAUGUAGCUAACGGGGGCGGAGCUUAAGCUCGCCAGUCGGAAAGGUCCAAAGUGUCCGCUUAUCGUAAUGUUUGCAGCCCGCUUCGCUUCAUCUUCCCAUCGAAAGGCGAUCAUUUUACCGGGGGGGGGGGGGGACAAAUUGUCUUUCGAGUUCGUCUCCGGAACGCAGAUUGCAGCAGGGCAGCUAUUCUCGAGGGACUCAUUUACAAGAACGACAAACAAAGCACCUUCUGUCGCCAAACACGGACAAAAAGUCCCUUCAAGGAGACACGUUAUGGAAAAUGUUUUUUUUUUUUUAAAUUUUUGUUGUUGAAGUGGGACCGUCACACACCGAGGACUCUUUGAGCAAUGUAGACCUGCCCUCAAAACAAGCACACAGACUUGUUUCCACUUUAGCUCUUGAUUCUUUGGGUAUUAUUUUGAAACGACUUAUUUCCCGAUGAGAUAUUAAGACAUUUUUAAACUUCCAACUUUGUGCGGAAGGCAUUCAUGUUAUGCACAAAAUCUUGUUUGGGUGUAAUAGAGAUGGAGCCGCAAAUUCCACGUUUUCGUGCUUCCCCGAGUGAGAAACACGCUUUACACACGGAUUUGCAGUUUGAUACGGAUGACAUAUUUCACAUUUUAUAUGCAAGAUGUCGCACAAGUUCAAUUUUGCAUUCCUGCCGUUUUUCCCCACACUUCCAAUUUGUGUCCAAAGUGAGAGUGAAUGAUGUCGGGGGUUACGUUUCAUUCGUGGUCGGCUCAUUUCGAUACGGUACCGUAAAUGGGGCCGUUUGGGGAAAUAUUAAUCGAAAAGGUACAACCACAGAAAGUUUUUGAACUGGGUGUCUUUUUGGUGCUGCAUGGCAUGUACAGUGUGUGUAUACAGUGUUUGUUUCAAAAAGAGGCUCCGUUCCUGUGAAUGUCGGUGAAUGUCUUUCUUAUUUGUGGGAAUAUAGAAAUAAUAUCAAAGUGGGGGGGGGGGGGGUUAUACAAUCGGUAUGGGCUCCAAUUUUUUUUUUUUUUAAGAGUGUUGCAGUCCAGAUUGUACUUAUAUUUGAAAUUGUAUUUUCCGUGUUUUGCAACCUUCCCUUUGGGGUCCCUCGGUGCAAAGUAACGACUGGUAGGAUCCGCACUUGUUACGAUAACUCGUAAAAAAAAUAAUAAUAAUAAUAAUCGUCCCCAUCAAUGUUGCUGACUAAUAAAUAAAAGAUCUAUAUUUUAUAAUAACAAAUGCGCUCCUGUGUUUGCCAUUUGGUGUUGGUUUCGAGACAAAUACAGUGAAGAAAAUAAGUAUUUGAACACCCUGCUGUACUGCAAGUUCUCCCGCUUACAUGGAGGAGUCUGAAAUUUUCAUCCAGAAAUCACAAUGUGUGGUUUU